CCGCGGUCGUACAUCCUUUUUUUUAGCUGAGGCUGUCUGGGUGGAGAAAAUAAUUCAUAAGGCGAGGUGAGCCUUUCCUCAGCCAUAUUUAAAUAUGUUAUUUAUUCUAAUGUACAUACCAUACAACUUGAAUAGUAAAAGGAGCUAUUUGUGCUUGACGUGAAAUUCAAAAGCGCAGCGGACAUCGCAACUUGCCUUGUGUUGGAGUGACUUCCAGCGAGGAAAAAGUGCUUCUGAAACGUUUCACUGAUGGUGAUAUGGAACGUAUGUGAGAAUGGACCCCCCCCUUUACAAAUCAGACAAAAUGGGCAAGUCAAGGCUGUUUCGCAUCUUUUUAAUCCUGGGCUCUGUUUUCAUGAUCCUACUGAUAAUCAUCUAUUGGGAUGAUGUUGGUGCCACUAAUUUUUACCUGCACACAACCAUCUCUGGACCCCAUUCCUCCCACCUCCCUCUGGAGGGUCACGCCAAUCCAAAGUGGAAACCAGACAAAGACAAAGAAGGAUCAUUCCUGUCUGACAUUGAUGCAUUCGUGAAUCAGUUCUUGGAGGGCACGGCUGACCCAACAGAGCAGGUGAGGGGCGGGACCCCACCUGGAGACACCCGCAACCAGUCCUCGGAAAAACCUGAGGAGAGGUUUGUCCCCCGACGUGAGUGGAAGAUCCACCUGACUCCGAUAGCGGCAGAGAAGAAGCAGAGGCAGGAGAGCAGAAAGCAGCUUAUUCAUGACAUGUGCAGGAGUAACAGCAGCCUGGACUUCCCUGGGAAGAACCGGACAUUCGAUGACAUCCCUAACAAGGAGCUUGACCACCUGAUUGUGGAUGACAGACACGGCAUCAUAUAUUGUUAUGUGCCCAAGGUGGCAUGCACCAACUGGAAGCGCAUUCUGAUUGUGCUGAGCGAGAGCUUGCUGGUGGACGGGGCACCGUACCAGGACCCGAUGGACAUCCCCCAGCAGAUUGUCCACAAUGGCAGUGUGCACUUCACCUUCAACAAAUUCUGGAAGCGCUAUGGCAAGUUCUCACGUCACCUGAUGAAGAUCAAGUUGAAGAAGUACACCAAGUUCCUGUUUGUCCGUGACCCCUUUGUAAGGCUUAUAUCGGCCUACCGCAACAAGUUUGAGCAGGAGAACGAAGACUUCUACAAGCGGUUUGCUGUUGUCAUGCUAAAACGAUAUGGCAACUAUUCCAAGCCGCCGGCCUCGGCAGUGGAAGCUUUUGCUGCUGGGGUUCGUCCAGUCUUUUUAAACUUCAUCCAGUAUUUGUUGGAUGCUAACACUGAGAAGGAAAUGCCCUUUAAUGAGCACUGGAGACAGGUCUACCGCCUGUGCCACCCUUGCCAAAUCAAUUAUGACUUUGUAGGAAAGCUGGAGACGUUGGACGAGGAUGCUGAGCAUUUGUUACGGAUCCUCCGUGUGGACAAUGUCGUGGAGUUCCCAGGGGGCAAUCAUAACAGGACGGUCAGUAGUUGGGAGGAGAAUUGGUUUGCUAACAUCCCAUACAAAUCACGGAGAGAACUGUACAAGCUUUAUGAAGCUGACUUCAGACUGUUUGGAUAUUCUAAACCCAGUAUACUUUUACAUGAGUAAAAAAACAUUUGUUUCUGUUCAACAUUUUUUUGUGGUUUAUCGAGGAUAAAUUCUUUUGGUUCUUACAGGGAAUCUGUAGGAUGCGCUGAUCGCCCUCCAUCUGUCUUCUUAUCACGCAGGCAGUGGAGCAGAUUUGGGCACCAUUGUGAACACUGUACAAGCACCAAGGGGACAAAAUUGAAAUUACAUACAUAGAAAUCACAUACAUAGAGAAGUACAUCCAUAGUUGUUUUUUUUCUCCUCUUCCAAAAAUGUUUCCUGUUAGCAUGCAAUACUAUAUAAUGCUAUGGGUUGAAGUAAUCAUAGAUAAUCACAGCCAGUAGUAACAAUGUCUUGCUUUUAAUUUUUGUAAAGUAUUAAAUUUUAUUGUAAUUACUUUUUGCAGAUUUAAUUCUAGUUCAUACUUACUGUUAAAAUAAUUAUGCAGAUCUUCUAGAUAUACUGCACUUUUAGAGCAGUGCACAUAGAAUAUUUAGGAUAUUUUUGUAUUUUUUUUGCUAUUAAAUGUGAAAUAUAGAGGCGCUACGAUAGCUACUAUUUUGGAAGAGCAAACUUUGUAUGGCUUCCUGUUACAUUGCAGAAGGAUUCCCUGCACUCCUGUAGCAGUCAAUUAGCUUUUUACUUUUUACAUCUAAUUUUUCUUUGCACUGGUCAAGUGUAAUUUAUAUGGAGACAUCACCACAUUUUUUGUUUGUUCACUCACCUCAGGAUGCAAAUGUUAACAUACUUUUGAGACCUUGUUUAAAACAUAUCUGUUUCAAAAGGAUUUUCAGAUAUUUACUCAAAAAUGCUGAUGAGCAUUCCAUUCUAGAUAUUUCUGUCUCUUACAUGUAGUGAACAAAUGUUACUUUAGACCUGCCGUUUCUUGUUUUUUUUUGUGUGUUCAUCAACAUCAAAAGGACGUGGCUUUAAAGUGUUUGGUGUACAGGCUGUCAGACUGCAGCUCGUGUUCAACUGUGGCAUAUUUUGUUUCAUUCUUUAAAAAAAAAAAAAUCCUUUUCCACUUUGUUUGAGCAUCUGUUUUCCUGGCAGGGCACUGCUGCGGGAGCUCUUCAUAGAUGCUAGUGUGUGUGCCUUGUGGCCUGUAUUUAUAAAUAUGCAUUUCUUGAAAGAUCUGUUGUGGGCAAAGUUAAACUUGUUUUUUGCUCUGGUGGACAUUCCAUUUAUAAACAAUGAGUUGUGGUUUGCAUUCUCUUUAACAACUGAGUAGUGUGUGAGUGAGUCUGAUUAGAAGGCAGACAUUUGAGGACAAAGGUUAAAGCACAAACACCUGUCCGACCUCGUAAACAUCUACCAAUUUGAGUAUCUGCAUGUUUUAUGUAGCAUCAACUAUGUUUGAACUUGGGCAUAUGCAAAUGUGAGGUUAUUUCUUUUGGAAAAGAAUUUCAGUUGUCAUCAGGGUGUUUUUGCAUGCUACAUUUUGCACAUCAAGUCCUUUCAUAGUGUACAUUUCCACGUGCUUAUGAGAAACAGGAGUGCGUGUAUUUUUGCUCCCGGCUGUGGUGGCACAUGGGAAGCUGGAGUGCCUAACCCAAACAGUCCCAGAUGGCCCCAGGUGGCCCCAGACAACAUUGUGAUGAUCAGCUGGUCUGGGAGGCACCAUACUGGUUGACCAUGUGCCAGCAGUGCCUUUGGCAGAGAGGAGGAUGAAGCGUUUACACAUACUUAAAAAAAGUACAGGUAUUUUUGCUAAGUGGGUCUAAUUUUGAUCCUUUUAGAAGAUACAGUAACAUCAUUAAAUGAUAGGAAAGUUAAUUUAAUAGGGUGUAUGUGUUGUGUAAGCUUAGGAUUUUUUUGUGGCUAGAAAUCAGUAGUUAGCUGUUUUUCACAUUUUUAUUACUUAUUUGUAUAGUAUGCAUUGUUUGUGUAAAAUAUUGCCCAGUGCUUUUGUAUACGUGCCACAGUAUGCAUUGAAAGAUGAUGAAUUACAGAUACAUGUUCUUUUAGUGACUGCUGUGAGUUUUAAAAAUAUAUAUAAUUUAUCCUGAGAUGUUUAGCAGACAUAAUGGAUUUAUGUUUCCAUGGGAAACCAAGUUUUAAGGGAAAUUGCUGUUUGUAUUUUAAAAAAGGGGUGUGCUUCUGAGCAUUGUCAGAUUGUAACUAAACUAAAACAUUCUCUAAGACUUAUCUUGAUUACAGUUUUACAUUUGGUUGUGUUUUUUUCCUUUAUAUUUAUUACAGUUUAAUAAAUGAAACUCUGUUAGGCAAUCUUAAGAGGAUAAAUAAAGCUCAGUGCAUGGUACAAAUCCUGACUUUAUCUCAUUAACUGAGUUGGGAAAAGUUUAAGACACUGAUUUAAAAUGAAUCAGAUCAAAUAUUUUCCUCACUUAUAUUGAUUGCUUUUACAUGGGUAAAUAUAUAACAUCUUCAAAUAAAGGCUAGCUUUAAA